AGCCAUAGCGACGACGCUACCCGCAGUGACGGGAGCAGGCGGGGGGGCGCCGUACAAAGGGGGCGCCGGGCGAGCCCGCAGCCAGCGGCCCCGAGCGAAUUGCCAAAAUGCUUUGGAAUUCUUAAACGAUUCUAAAACUGAAGUUGCUGAAGAUACAAAACUCAUAAGAACACAAGAAGCAGCAAGGAGGAUUCAGUGCCAAUGCAGCAACAAAGAAGACAGCCAGAGUUAGUGGAAGGAAAUCUUCCUGUCUUUGUUUUUCCUACAGAACUUAUAUUUUAUGCAGAUGACCAGUCGACACACAAGCAGGUGUUGACUCUAUAUAACCCCUAUGAGUUUGCCUUAAAAUUCAAAGUUCUCUGUACAACUCCAAAUAAAUAUGCGGUGGUUGAUGCGACCGGAGCAGUGAAGCCUCAGUGCUGUGUUGAUAUUGUGAUUCGUCACAGAGAUGUUCGUGCUGCUCACUAUGGUGUGAUAGAUAAAUUCCGACUGCAAGUGUCUGAGCAAAGCCAGAGGAAAGCACUGGGGAGAAAGGAGAUUAUUGCUACUCUGCUUCCAUCUGCAAAGGAACCACCACAGCAAAAGGAAGAGGAAGAAAAACGAAUAAAGGAACACCUGUCUGAAAGUGUCUUUUUUGAGCAGACUUUGUGUCAACCAGGUAAAAACAGACCUGCCUCAUCGGGACCGAGUUUACUAACAGUCUUCCUGGGAAUAGUGUGUAUUGCAGCACUAAUGCUACCUACAUUGGGGGAAAUGGAAUCCCUGGUGCCUCUCUACCUCCAUUUAAGUGUGAAUCAGAAGUUAGUUGCUGCUUAUGUUUUAGGUCUCAUCACCAUGGUUAUUCUGAGAACAUGAGCAAUGACUUAGCAGGACAUCAAACACCUUACUGUAUAUUCACAUCAUGAAUGUGGACUGCCUUUUACUCCCAUUGGGCUCAUCGAGAUGCUAGCAGCUCUGUUCAGUGAUCUAAGAUACCUUCAGAAGUGUAAUAUAUUUUAACUAUGUAUAAUAAAUGAAAGACUCAAAGCACUUUUAGGUGCUUCUGUAACAGACAGCUAUGAAAUGUUCAGUGAUACCUGUGAAAAUAAUUUGAAACACUUUUAUAUUUACGCCUACUGUAAAAAAAAUCCUUAUUAAAGCAAACAUUUGUUAUUUUUAGUCUAUGUUCACAUCAGUGCGUGAUCACUAUAAAAGCAAACUGUCAUGUAAGCGUUCCUUUGGUUUGUGGCUGUACAUGCUGAGGCUGAUGCCUGACACUUCUGUAUGUGUACCAGAAGGAUGGCAGUCGUGGCUGAUCAUUGAAGCAAAUGGAAAAUUUCAUCAGUGAAACUAUGAAAUAAACCAUUACGUUUAGGUGAAGGAGUAAUUCUCAAAUUCCUUACUUCACUGUUAGCCAUGUAUCACCGAGUGCUGGUUUUCUUACCUGGGGAGGUAAUUUCUGCAACAGACAUUUUGUAUCGACCGCAGACAAUAAAGACCAGUUCUGUAAUCAGAUCCCUUCAUUUCUCAGGGCUGCGUGCAACCUGUGAGCUACGUGGCAUUAACAGAACCUGAACCCGCACUGCACACCAAUAUAGAAUUCAGCACCUUUUCCAGUUUUACAGACCAAACUAAGCAGAGCAGCAGAGGCAUUUUUGUCUCCACCUUCCCCCACCACACCUUACAGCCGAGGCAGGAUUUCUUUGGUACGAGGAACUCCUGCUCAAAGUCCAGUGUUUCAUUCCAGGUGAACAUUCACCCUAUUUCACAUUUCAUUGUAGAGAUGUUUAAUUAUAACAUUUCUACUGCUUCAUUUCACUAUGACUGCAUUUGGUUCAUGCAUACAGAUUUAUUAGGAGUCUAUAUAGUAAAUAUGCUUUGAUUUGUAUAUGGAACGUUUUGGAAGUUAAGCUUCCCCCUUCUGCAUGUUACAGGUCACGUUUCUGGACUUUGUGCACAGAAGCACAAGGAAACCACACAGAUGUUGCUGUUUAAAAAACGAUGAGGUUGAAUUUACAUUAAUAACUACUGUAAAUUUCUUACAUGUAACACCCCAAGUCUUUAAAGGGCAAUAAAAACCUUACUUCAGCUUGA